AUGAGUUCUGGCUUGGGAAGUGCAAACCUCAGGGUGGAAGUAUUCAUGGAGAGGCUCAUAUGCCUUGAGAAUACCCUCCAAUGCGUAAAAUGCCACCUCCCCAGUUUUUACGAGCACAUUUCGGCGAUGCCCGUAAAAAGGGCCUUACAAAAAGUUGUCGAAUGCAUACCACCUAAUGCACUUACCGUCUCGCGAAGGAACAACGAUCCUGCAGGGGCAGCCUCUGAAGAGCAGGCAAAAAUAGACUUUCUAAUGGAGAAAUUUUCGCACAAUGAGGAAUCUGCAAACGAUGCAGCUCUUAUGCGUCGGCCAAUGCGGUAUACUACGCUUCAGAAUUAUGCUCAGUCAGACGCUAUCAAAGUUGGUAAAGUCCUCCUAAAAACAUCCAAGUCUCCUGAUCUGAGCGAAUGUAAUCAAGAUCACGCCAAUAAUCGCACAAUUCAAGCACAGAUUUUAAAUUCAGGAAGGACGCUUCAAAAGUCCCUUCAACUUCUCACUGCUUUGGAGGAAGCAGCCCGGUGCUUUGAGGAAACUCCAAACACACCAGUGCUGAAGGAAGAGAUUGUUUCAAUGGUAAGACAUCUUAAGAUUAGCGUUACGAAUCUUCUGCGUGGAAUAACACAACUGAACAGUUAUCGUCAAAUUGCGCGAAUACUUGCGAAGUUGCGACAGCGUGGAACAAUGAAAGCACUCUUAACUAGAAUAGAAGAAGAGAAAGGAAAAAAGAAAGUUUGGAGCGAAAUGUUCUCCAUUGAUCAUACGUCAGUGAAAGAGGAUUUUGCCACUUCUCGUCAUAGUAUUAUAGAGGGUAAUUUGUACGACGAUAGCGAAGCAUGUGUCGGAUCGCUUGUCAACAGAUCAUACUUUCCGUUGGAAAUGUCAACAAAGAAAGAUACUUUUGAGGUAUAUAGCGAGUUUAACUCUGCUUGGAAACAACUGGAAGAGGAGCCUCUUGCAUUGGCUGAAAAGUACUCACUUCUCACCAGUGAAUAUCUUGCGGCCUUACCAAGUCUAGGUCGACGAUCUGCGCUUUCCUUCAAAAACGAUUACGAAUCCUGUCUUGUCGAUGCUGUUGAUUUGGAGCGGUCAACUUGGCGAUUAAUACACGCUCUGUAUAGCGACCGGCUCUGUCACACAGACUCUUUAUUGAACAAGGAUUUACCAAAACUACACUAUCACUCGGAAAAAGACAUUGUUAAUACUUUGUAUGACACGGACGAUGAUCUUCGGGAAACGCAAGUAAUCGUUGAUUGGCUGGAAGGAAAGGUUCGAGAAGAAAUAGUCAAAGUGGCGGAAAAAUAUGAAUGUCUUUUUAACGAAACUACAGUAUGGGAAAGUACGCACCACCUUUUGGAAACUUUGAGUGCCAAUGAACUCAAAUCCAAGCAUUUGGUUACCCAUUUGUUUCCGGAUACGGCACUCAUCGGCGGAGGUGGUUUGGCUCAAAAAGACAUAUCAGCUGAAAAUCGCUACCUGCAUUAUCUGUUUUUAUGCGUCAGGGGUGGUGAUUUGCAGAGGGCUCAGCGACUUUGUCUUCAGCGAGGGGAUAUCACUCGGGCCGUUGCUAUGGAGGGUUGGCGCCCAUUCCACACCAGCUGCCUAUCCAAAGACAGCGUUCAACCAAAGCACGAUGCUGUUGAAGGCAACGCAACUCGCGUGCUGAGCAAGUGCGUCGCCUGGUGGAAUUCUGAAAAUGUUGGUUUCGGCUUUUUUACUUAUUUUUAUGAUAGUAAACACUCACACCUGAUUUUGUUUAUCCAGCCAGCUUUAAAUCCCUACGAGCGUGCAAUGUUUGCCGCUCAGUCGGGCAACCUCAGCAUGUUGCUGCGAGCCAUGACGUCUGGUAGUUGGGAGGAUUUGCUAUGGGCGCACUGCCGUGCUCUUGUCGAAUCUCGAGUUGAUGCCACUCUACGAAUGAAAAUUGACUGCGGACCUAGGGCAGACACACUGUCGGUGUUGGGACGCCCACAAAAAGGCCUCGAAGUCGAGGACGUUGGUCUGCAGCUGCCUAACUCGGCCUGGUUGCCAGGCUCGUGGACCCUAUCAGAGGCCUUUUCGAAGGCCGAAACUGUUCUUGGAUGGUGCCCUAUAAGUUACCUCUUCCAAACUGUUGAGGGGGAUUCCGGUUUUGUUGCUCCGGCCCUUCGUCCCUCGGAGAUUUCAGCAUUCCUCCAUCCCAACGAAACCAACGACAUAAAGGCCUCAAGUGGCUCUAGUUCCCCAUCCAGCCGUCACACACUUUUAAAGGCUAUGUUUUAUGCCAUAUGUAGGGGAGUUGCUCUUAGAGAAUAUUCAGAACUGUUGACUGCCGUAGCCUUGGUUGCGCCGCUUUUUAUUCCAGCGUCGAUUCGUGAGAUUUUAGCGUCAGGCAUCACCAAUGUAAAGUGGCCAGACCAGCUUACACUGGAUGAGCUGGAUUGUCAAGUUCUCCGCUUCUUGUCUCAUUUCGUGCUCUGUCUUCGUCAUCUUGAAACGGGUCUUCCAGACGAACCCUGCAAUGCUGUUCUCGAGACCUAUGUAAUUACACUCAUUGUGGAGCGACGAUUUUCGCUAGUUGCAUCCUACAUUGCUCAGCUCUCUUCCCCAGUACGGCAAACACGCUGGUAUGCCUCAUUUCUCUCAAGUCUCAAGAGGCCAGAGGAGUGUCGUCAGUGUCUGGAGUACGCAGAAGUCGCCGGUCUCAACGUGCAGAGUAUCACACGAGCGGUGAUCCGGAUAGUGCGUCGUCGAUUUGACGAACGAGAGGGCUUGGUGAAAGGCGUAUCGAAUACUUCAAUACCGCUGCCGACCCCAAACGGCAUCACCGAUCUCGUGGGUGGUGAUGUGGUAGCCUACCUUACACAAGUGGACAAGGCGCGUAUCGCUGCGCUCGACUGGCUGACACACGACCAGGCGCAGCGCGGCGAACUGCUGGUGCUCACUAACAGCCUUAUCCGUCUUUUCAUUGCCAUGCGCAAGCUGCGUGCCGCCAGGGCUCUCCUAGACCGUCUGCCACUUGCUUUGUUGGACCAGCUAAAACUGAAGCUCCUCCAGGCGGAGGAGGACUUCGGCGUGGAAGUUGUUCAGGCCGCCGUUCCUCCUUGGCUUGCUAAUACCGUUCGCGAACACGAAGCCCUUAUCCUCUAUCUCCAUGCCCGGGAGGCUUUCGAUCAAUGGUAUGUGCGCAUAAAUUCGGAAAAGCCAACUCCUCCUGCUGUAAACAGCGCUGGUGUUUUCGGUUCUUUGGCGGAGCGUGUGGCUGCCGAAGAGGCGGAGAAGAAUUUUAAAGCGCACCUCGAGUGUUGGAAUCAUGAAGUCGAGCUCUCCACCUCGUCUUUGGUCAGGCAACUGGAAUCUUUGCUGACUUACGAAUCACCUGGGUGGUUGGUGGACGCAGCAGUUCUUCAUUCCAAUGCCACGACUAGCGAAUUCGAUGUCACUGGCAUGUUUAGCUCUGCGGCGGUGGUAAUGGAGCAGGAUGAGGAAGGGGGGACCGAGGAGCUGGGUAUCGCUGGUCUCGGGGACUCCCCACACUCCCGCAAGCUUCAGAUGAUCAUCCUUCGUGAGACCUGUCUUCGCGAGGUCGUCUUCAUGUUGAUCAAGGUUUUCAAGCUUACUGGUCGCCAUGCCGAGUGCGUUCGUCUUGCUGAUCUCGUGGCCAACUCUCAAUUUGGGAUUUUUAAGCUCUUCAAUGAAUGCCAGAUGCAGACGCUUCUUGAGCAGCUCCAGGAAUCGAUGCUUCAUCUGCAAGAGACCUGUGGUGAUGCUCUUGGCUACACUCCAUUAGCUCGUCUGUUAUUCUUACAAUGCGAACCGGAACGAAUCAUCUCUUAUCGUAUCUUUCAGACUGACAUGAAAGAGUACGGUGUAGGAUGGAUUGAAUCGAAGAGGGGCAAGGAUUCGCUGGAUGCGGAUGGACGGGUGCUUCAGAUAGCUCGUGUACGUAAUAUUGCCAUUUCGGAAGCAGAGGAGGAUAUCCAGACCGGUUUAGGUAACACAGGAAGCGGUCCUCGCCUCCUCAGACUGACUUUGACAGAUGGAAAAAGCAAUAUCUCGGCUCUGGACGUUGAUAACUCACCCAAACUUUCAAUUGAGACGCCGCCUGGAACUAAAAUUCGUCUGAGCGGUCGUGUACAGAUUCGCAUUGGUUUUCUCAUUCUCCGACGCAACAAUUUCGAAGUUCUUCAGGGUUCUGUCAGCCUGCUUUGUCGAGAGUGGCUUCUCACAAGGGACGCAAAAGGAGCGCGGCGCUCCCACCGUACUGGACCUGACGCACCGCCCCCGUUUGUCGCCUUCGACACACCAGAGGCCUCCGCCAUGGUCGACUCACACAACGAAUUCCUCGAUAACCUGUGGAACAGAGACCGCCGACCCAAAGACACUUUUGAUUCACUCAAAUUGGCUAUGAAUGCCACUUCGAGGAUCGACGCUGCAUCGACCGGGGAUGAAUCAGACUUUCAACAAAAACGACGCGAAAUUGUGGCUGAUGCUCAGAACUCUUUGUCUAUUAGUACCACUGCACUGGUACAGCACAAAUUUAAAAUUGGUGGAUCCAAUAUCAUGCAUGCCGGGAUUUUGCCCAACAGAUACAUAGCAGAUGUACGAUUGCUUGUCACUUUUUCCUGGCUAAUUUACUCUAUUAUCUUGGCGACAGAUGGCAUCGAUAAUCUCUUCUCCCUCCUCCUCGCUUUCGCUUAUUCACUCUCGUUGACCCCCUGCUAUUCUGUUCCUGCUGGUAGCGGAGACGGCGGUAUUGCUAUUAAUUGCUCCGGGCAUCUGGUGUGUACACCAAACAUUGAGGUGACUGAGUCAUCGUCCAAGGACCUCUAUAUCCCACAAUUCCAUUCCCUUUCUUCCGCCCUACUCUUUAAUAGGCUGGACCUAUUCCAACAAGCGCAAAUAGACAUGGCAGUAGAACGUGAUCUCAACCUUGCCCAGCUGGUUUCCAUGGGCUACCAGCCGCAUGAAGCCAACACGGCCUUGGAGGAGUCAAAAAACAAUCUAGAUGGCGCCAUCAAUCGCCUCAUGGUACGCCAACCUGAUCGCCACCCCAGCUUCCCGUACGGGGCCAGGUCGGACGUAGAGCGCGGACGAGGUCAUGGACGUAGGGGCGCUGAACGCAGUAGGAAAUUCAACCUUGAUAUUGAGGAGGAUCCACGCUUCGACUCGGUGGCAGCAGCUGGGAGGGCAGGUCUUCGAGGGAGGCCUUUGAGUGGACCGGUGCCUCUCUCCGAGUUCAUGGACCAGGCGCUGCCUCAACGACCUGGUCCUUCGAAGCCCCUAAUAACGACAUCAUCGGCACCGACGAGACUGCGCCUCGCUCCGGGCACAGUUCUGCAAGCGCGCGUCAUGUCGGGCGACUACGAGGCGGCGCGUCUUGUCGGCCUCCUCCCCUCCAAGGUGGCUGGUGAGCGCGUGGCCCUGGUGGCCUAUCUCGAGAGCGAGGAGCAGGAGGAGGUCCCCGUUAGCAUGCUUCGCACUCUCGACAACACGGAGGUGACGGAAGACAUACUUCCAGUUGCUCCGAGUUCCACUCCCCGCCACACAGAGACGCUCCAUGGCAGUGGCGAUAUCAGAGGCAGGAGUGAAGGAAGAAGAGGGGCUUUUCUAACCCGUUUUCGAGGUGGUGGACGUGGCUGCAGCGGCAUCUCGCAGCAUAACUCCCGUAGUCGUGGAUCUUAUCGUCGCGGCUAA